AUGAGGCAGUUGAAGUUCAUCUCAGCCCUCGCUGCCAUCGCAAGCUGCUCCAAGAGGAAUCUGGACACAACCCCAGGACUUCAUUCUCGAGCAGUUGAUUCGGAAAUUUCAACAGAAACGACUGCUUCAUCCACGACUGAGACCACAACCGACACCAUGGCGCAGCUGGAUCCGUGGCCCACCAACCUUGAAUCUCUCGGAUCACCUUUGGACAUCAUCACCGUGACCAUCACUCCGACCGAGGCGGCCACAACCAUCACUGCUUCUCCUACAGUUAUUUUAGACAGCAACGCCGCCCUGAUCAGUGCCCAGAAUGACUACAUUGCCAGGCGCCAGGAGGACGGCUGGAAGAUCGCCGUCAUCGUCAUCUGCACCGUCGGCGUCUUCAUCAUGCUUACCCUCUUCAUCGUCGCGACGAGGAGCCAGCACCGACCCGCCAGAAACGGCAGCAGCGGCGGCGGCGAGGAGGGCACCAGAUCCACAUUCUCUUUUGGCGGUCGUCGCAGCGACAAUAACGGAGAGGAUUCCAGCCGUCGAGCCCCGACGCCGUUGCAGCGGCGUGGCCGCCCCGAAAAAGUCGCAGAAGACCACAAGGGCUGGGAACUCAAGAACCUCUGGUCCACAAAGAGCAGCAGCGACCCCAGCUCGGGCGUCAUUCUCGACCUGCCUCCCCUGGCGGUACGGCGCACCCGCGCCACCACCGUGCUGUCCGACACCGACACCAUCUCCCCGCUCAACCCCAAGCAGCACCAGAACCGCGGCAUCCAGGCCUCGACCACCGCCUUGACCGACGUGACCGUCGUCCCCUCAGGCACUCAGACCACCAUCGUGGCGCCUUCCGAGGACGGCGACGACAGCUGCACGUUCCGCGCUUCCAGCAGCCCUGCCUCGGCGGCCAAGCCGGCCGGGAUGUCGACGCUGGCCCAUGACAACUUCAAGGACUUUGUGUUCCGGGGAACAACGACCGCAGGCACGGCCGAGGACGGCAAGCAAAACAACGAUGCCUCCCUCCUGGCCGACGAGAGCUUGUACAACGAGCAGGGCUUCUACGUCUCGCCCCGCAACCCGCGCAUCCAGCCCGCGCCAUCGUACCAGCCGCGCAACCCGGCCCGCGUCUCUCCCAGCGGCGGCGACACCAAGCUCCCCGGAGCGGCGGCCGGAGAUUUCGUUUUCUCCAACGACGAGCUGGAGCAGCUGCACGAGCCGCGUGCCGCCAAGAGAGCUCGGCGGUCAAACGACGAGCGCGGCACUGGCACCCCAGGCAAUACCGAUGCACCGCAGCCCCGAAGCCAAAGGGGCUCGGCUCAGCAGCAGGCCGGCAAUGAGAGCAGCAUUGACGCCGAUCGAGCGAGCCGCGCCUCGGCCGGACCGUCUGUGCUGUCCCAGUCGUCGCGUGCCCCGACUCCCUGCCCCGGCUGUCUCGUGCCCGACCGCAUGGCUCCCCAUAGGCAUUCAGCCGAGAAGGAUGACCACGCCGCCAUCGUUGCGUCGAGUUCGCGCCCCGCCACCGCAACUGGGCUACAUGCGGCUCAGGCUGAGGCUCCAAGGCCUGCACGCCAUCGGAUGACGCUGGAUUGA